UACAGCAUUACAUCAACCUCCGAAAAUAUCCAAUUCCAUCUUAACGGAUUUCUCUGCCAGCCUCUGCUAUCCUUAAUCAAGAAAUUUCUUACACACAAAGUUGGAUUCGGUGGUUGUUUUAUUUGGAAAAUCUUGAGCAGAUGAGGUGCUCCCUCACUGAAAGAGACGGUUUUUUAGGAUUUGAUUCCAGAGAAAACACAGAGUGAAUUAUGGAGAAGCAGAAGAAGUUCCUUACUGUAGCACCGUUUGAGUGUGCUUGGAAUGACAACUUCAGGUUUAGAGAAGCCGGUAGAGGCUGUGUUGCUUUUGAUGCCUUCGCACACAAUGAUGUCACAGUCGUCUUCCGAGAAAAAACAGGCAGUCAGCAUUACCAUUACAAAAGGGAUAAUAGCCCACAUUACACGGUGAUUAUAGGAAGCCACAGAAACAAAAGGUUGAACAUCGAGGUUGAUGGGAAGACGGUUGUGGAUGUCGCUGGUGUCGAUCUUUACUGUUCAUCGGCAUUUCAGAGUUACUGGAUCAGUAUUUAUGAUGGCCUCAUAAGCAUUGGUAAGGGCAGGUACCCUUUCCAAAAUCUCGUCUUUCAGUGGCUGGACUCGAACCCCAAUUGCAGCGUUCAGUAUGUUGGGCUUAGCAGUUGGGACAGACACGUGGGGUACCGGAAUAUUAAUGUAUUGCCUCUAAAGCAGAACCAUAUAUCCUUAUGGAAGCACGUGGAUUGUGGUGAAUAUGAUGGCAUGGAAGAUGCCGAUGAGGAGUCGGAAGAGGAGAUUGGCGACUAUGAGAAUUGGGGCCUUGAAAAAUUUCUGGAGAGCUGGGAAGUAUCCGAUGUUUUCUUCAUAGUCGGGCAAGAGGAAAAGGCCGUUCCAGCUCAUAAGGUCAUAUUGGCUGCAUCUGGGAGUUUCGGUUUUAGUGCAACGGGAGAAGAUAUUAUCCAUCUUGAAGAUGUUUCCUAUCCUACACUCCGUGCACUGCUCGAGUACAUCUACACGGGCAACACUGAGGUUCCGGAAUCACGUCUCAGUUCUUUGAGAACCCUGAGCUUACGGUUUGAAGUAAGUGCAUUGGCAAAGCAGUGCGAUGAAUUGAUGGAGCGGUUCAAACUUAACAAGAAACUUUUUGACUCUGGAAAAAGUGUAGAGAUAUCGUACCCGAGCUCUCGGCUCAGUUGCCCCGCGGUGUUCCUGAACAAAAUACCCAUUGAUAUUAAACGUCUCAAUAGCUUUCUUUCAACCAGUGAGUACAGCGAUGUGGAAAUCUAUGUCGAAGGCCAUGAUCUAGUCGCACGGUCGCAUCGAAUCAUCCUAGGCUUGUGGAGUGCCCCUUUUACAAAGAUGUUCACAAAUGGAAUGAACGAAAGUGUUUCAUCGAAGAUUUGCUUGAAGGACGUCUACUUCGAUGCGUUCAUGACUAUGCUCCAAUUCAUGUACAGUGGAGAAAUCAGCGGGCACGACGACGUGGACACUGAUGUGUUGCUACUACAGCUUCUUUUGUUAGCGGAUCAAUUUGGGGUUUCUCUUCUUCAUCAGGAAUGUUGCAAAAGGCUUCUAGAGCACCUCUCCGAGGACUCAGUGUGCCAUGUUCUGCUAGUCGUUUCGUCUGUUCCUUCAUGUAAAGUAAUUGAAGAAACAUGUCAGAGGACAUUCGCGACGCAUUUUGAUUAUUGUACAACCGCAAGCAUCGACUUUGUCAUGUUAGACGAAGCAACGUUUGGGAACAUUCUUCAGCAUCCAGAUUUGACAGUAACUUCCGAAGAACGAGUGCUCAAUGCAGUCUUGCUUUGGUGUUGCGAAGCAGAGGAGUUGUUCGGAUGGGAGAGCGUAGACGAGAUGAUGCUGAACUUAUCACCUGAGCUUGUUUUUGGUGAAAGACUCAACUUCCUAGAAGAGUUUCUAGAUUUCGUGCGGUUCCCUCUGCUUCCGUACUCGAUCCUUCAAAAGCUGGAGAGAAGCAACAUUAGCGCGCAAAUUCCUAGAUUCAGUGAAUUGGUGAAAGAAGCCGUUACAUUUUUGGAGUGCGGAUCCUCCGGGCACGACCAGAUUAAAUUCCAGCACAGAAGAUCAAGUUUUAAGGAGCUACAGUACAUAUGCAAUGGCGAUAGCAAUGGGGUGCUGUAUUUUUCUGGCACGUCGUAUGGGGAGCAUCGGUGGGUGAAUCCCGUUUUAUCAAAGAGAGUAACGAUCACCGCAAGCAGUCCACUCUCGAGAUUUACCGAUCCAAAGGUCUUGGUUUCGAGGAGUUACCAGGGAACAUCGUUCGCUGGUCCCCGGAUGGAGGACGGGAGAAACACCGCCUGGUGGAUGGUCGACCUCGGCAACGGUCAUCAGUUGAUGUGCAACCAUUACACAAUGAGGCAGGAUGGUUCAAGGGCUUUCAUCAGGAACUGGAGUUUUCAGGGUUCCAUGGAUGGGAGCAGUUGGACGAACUUGCGAGUGCACGAGAAAGAUGAAACCAUAUGCAAGCCCGGCCAGUUUGCAUCGUGGCCCGUUGCUGGGCCGAAUGCUCUUCUUCCCUUCCGAUACUUCCGAGUGGUGUUGACGGCUCCGACCACCGACGCUGCCAACCCUUGGAUCCUCUGCAUUUGCUUCUUGGAGCUUUACGGUUACUUCCGUUAAACCACUUUGUGUAAAAGGAAUUUUGGUAGGGCUUGUUUGGCCCUCUGCACUAUGAAGCAUGUAAUAUUUUGGCAGACAUUUUGAGUAGUUUUUUUCUUGCCUCGUUGCA